GAGAAUCCAAAACCUGCUCUUCUGAUGCAUAGCAGAGCCAAGAGAUGAAGGGUUGAUGAGCUCUCUCCAAGGUUACAUCUGCUUUUACAGUCCGGACCGCAUGUGUAGAUGUGUCUGAGUAAGCUUGGCUGGAGCAGACUCACUGAAAAUAACAGCAUAGAGCCCAGACAGCAGAAAGCGGCUGAGACUGAAGAGGGCACUGUGCAGAUACAGGAAGGUGCAGUGGCGACAGGCGAAGACCCCACCAGCGUUGCCAUUGCCAGCAUCCAGUCAGCAGCCACUUUCCCCGACCCCAACAUCAAGUAUGUCUUUCGCACAGAGAACGGCGGCACUCAGGUGAUGUAUAGGGUGAUACAGGUGGCCGAGGGGCAGCUGGAUGGGCAGACGGAGGGCACCGGCGCCAUCAGCGGCUAUCCCGCAGCACAGUCUAUGACCCAGGCUGUUAUCCAGGGGGCGUUUACCAGCGAAGAUGCCGUUGAGACAGAAGCUACAGCCACCGAGACCCACUACACAUAUUUCCCCACGACAGCUGUGGCAGAUACCAGCACUUCCACCGGUGCGGGGACAACGGCCACCGCGGUGGUGACCACCCAGAACUCAGAGGCCCUCUUGGGGCAGGCCACACCCACUGGUACAGGGCAGUUCUUUGUGAUGAUGUCGCCCCAGGAAGUUUUGCAGGGCGGAGCUCAGAGAUCCAUUGCUCCGAGGACUCACCCCUACUCUCCGAAAUCUGAAGCCCCUCGGACGACCCGGGACGAGAAACGCCGAGCACAGCACAAUGAAGUGGAGAGACGACGCAGGGACAAGAUCAACAACUGGAUCGUGCAGCUCUCCAAGAUCAUCCCAGACUGCUCCAUGGAGAACACCAAGUCGGGGCAGAGUAAGGGCGGGAUCCUCUCCAAAGCCUGCGACUACAUCCAGGAGCUGCGGCAGAGCAACCACCGCCUCUCCGAGGAGCUGCAGGGCCUCGACCAGCUACAGAUGGACAAUGAGGUCCUGCGGCAGCAGGUGGAAGAUCUGAAGAACAAGAACCUGAUCCUGCGGGCACAGCUGCGUCAGCACGGGGUGGAGAUCAUCAUCAAGAAUGACACCCACUGACUGGCACAGGGCGAGGGGGGAGCGGCUGGCCCUAGGCCCUUGGGGUCUGCCAGGGCAUAAGGCGAGGAGAGAGACCCCCAGUCGUAACUGGCUGCAGGAAGCAGCUUUCACCUGCUGAUGCUCCUGAACUGCAGGGCCUCGCUCUUGCUGUACAGACCCGUAAGCAGCAGUGUCAAUGUCCUGGGCCUGACCAGCGCCUGCGCCUCCCCGGAGCCUGGCCCAGAGCCCCUGCCGUCCUGCCUCCCCCAGCACUUGCCCCUCCUCCCCCGAGCCUGGCCCAGAGCCUCCACCGCCCUGCCUCCGGUCAGAGACUCAGCCCAACUUCUGCAGCUGCGCCCCGCAGUGCUCCCACCCAGCCUGGGCCAGAGACUCGGCCUGCUGCCCCUUCCCCGGCAGAGCUGGUUUGAAUAAAGCUGACGCUCUCUCUUUACACAGUAUUUUUAUUGCUACAAGGUAACAAGCUGGUGUUCUGCUCCCAGUGUGGCCCUCGCGUGUGGGCAGCCAGGCAGGGCGUGUGCCCGGUCACGGGGCCAUGUGCACUCACAUUCACCCCCUGCUACCUCCCUUGGGCCUCUCCCACCCAUGUGCACGCAGUCUCCGGCUUGCACGGUAGCACAUUCACAAUCUGCCGCCCCCCCAGUUCCCCUCUCCUGUGUGCUGUCACCUCCUGGUCCCCACCGGAACCGGCAUGGACGGCAGAGCCAGGCUUCGAGCCGCCCUGUCCUAUCUCACCCCUUUCCUCUGCCCAGCUUCCCCGUCUGCUCCUCCGUGGAGACGGCCACUUCUUCCAGAGCUGCCGCUGGGCUCCGGCGUCUGCCCCCAGGCAGGCGCUGCCUUUGGCCAUCACCACCCCCAGCCUGGCCUGUUUGACAGUGGUGAGUCAGCCAUUGGCACUGGGGAAAUCACUUCCCUGCUGCCUGGAGCGCCUUCACCUGUUGCCAGCUGGCAGCUGAGCCCCUGACCCCUUUCACUGCGGGGGAGGCGGAUGCCGCAGCGAGCGCUACCCUGCCUCCCCUCGCCCCCCUGCUGGCACUGCCUGGCUCCUCUAGCCUCUGACUUUUUUAAUUCUCUGAAUUUAAAAAGCAGAAUAAAUAAACAUAGUGAUUUGUUUUUCCA